AGGCUGGCCCGCCCCAUAGUCACUCUUGUGCCUCUCAACAGCCACAGGGGCAAAGCUCUGUCAUCUUUAGGAUCCAGUCACCAGGGAACAGAACGGGGAGACCAGAAGAGGGCCAGCUGGAGCCAGGGGGUGGAGGCUCAGGAAGCCGUUUCUGAAAGGGGCAGGGACCAGGCACAGGAGGCCAGGGGCCCGGAGAACAGACUCCCCUCAGAAGUGCAGAAGAGGAGAGCGGAAGGAACUGAGGGAGGGACAGACAGGAGCCUGAGGAGGAAAGAGGAGGGGGAAAGAGGGGUCAGGCCCAGCAGCCAAGGAGGAGGCGUGCAGCUGGGGGCUGCAGGCAGGAAGCUAGGGACAGAGCUGGCUCAGCGUGCUGUCCCCUGAAGCAGCGGCAUCCCCUGGAGGCACGGGUACAGGCAUCAUUGGUCAGACCAAGAUGUAUCUCUAAGGGUAGCAAGGAACACCUCACCAUGGCCCCCAGAAUCCUCUGGAGCUGCUAUCUCUGCUGUCUGCUGACCAUUGCCACAGAAGCUGCCAGCUACCCUCCUCGGGGCUACAGCCUGUACACAGGGGGCAAUGGGGCCCUCAGUCCUGGGGGACCCCAGGCCCAGAACUCACCCCGGCCUGCCAGCCGCCACAGGAACUGGUGUGCCUACGUGGUGACUCGGACAGUGAGCUGCGUCCUUGAGGAUGGAGUGGAGACCUUUGUCAAGCCAGACUAUCAACCCUGUGGCUGGGGCCAGCCCCAGUGUCCUCGAAGUAUCAUGUACCGCAGCUUCCUUCGCCCUCGCUACCGGGUGGCCUACAAGACGGUGACAGACAUGGAGUGGAGGUGCUGUCAGGGGUAUGGGGGCGAUGACUGCGGAGAGGGUCCUGCUUCUGUUCUGGGCCCUGCACCCUCCACACCACUUCCCCGGCCCAGGCCUGCGCGUCCCAACCUGUCUGGCUCCAGUGCCGGCAGCCACCUCAGUGGACUAGGAGGAGAAGGCCCUGGUGAGUCAGAGAAGGUGCAGCAGCUAGAGCAGCAGGUAAAGAGUCUGACCAAAGAGCUGCAAGGCCUUCGAGGUGUCCUUCAGGGAAUGAAUGGGCGCCUGGCAGAAGAUGUACAGAGGGCUGUGGAGGCAGCCUUUAAUGGGAGGCAGCAGCCAGCAGAUGCAGCUGCCCGCCCGGGUGUGCACGAAACCCUCAGUGAGAUCCAGCAGCAGCUGCAGCUCCUGGACAACCGUGUCUCCACCCAUGACCAGGAGCUGGGCCACCUUAACAACCAUCAUAAUGGAGGCCCUGGUGGAAGCGGCAGGGCCUCAGCCCCUGUCCCUGUUCCUUCUGGCCCCAGCGAGGAACUGUUAAGGCAGCUGGAACGGCAGCUGCAGGAGUCUUGCUCAGUGUGCCUGGCAGGGCUGGAUGGCUUCCGCCAGCAGCAACAAGAGGAUAGGGAGCGGCUGCGAACCCUGGAGAAGCUGAUGUCCUCUAUGGAGGAGCGGCAGCAGCAGCUUAUGGGACCUGCCAUGGCCAGAAGACCCCCUCAGGAAUGCUGCCCCCCGGAGCUGGGUCGGCGAGUGUCAGAGCUGGAACGGAGGCUGGAUGUGGUGGCUGGCUCGGUGACAGUGCUAAGCGGACGUAGAGGUUCUGAGCUCGGAGGAGCAGCAGGGCAGGGGGGCCAUCCCCCGGGGUACACCAGCUUGGCCUCCCGCCUUUCUCGCCUGGAGGACCGCUUCAACUCUACCCUAGGUCCCUCAGAGGAACAAGCGAAGAACUGGCCUGGAGGACCAGGGAGGCUGGGCCAGUGGUUGCCUGCUGCUCCUGGACAGCUGGAAAAGCUGGAGGUGCUACUAGCCAAUGUGAGCAGGGAGCUGGGUGGCCGCCUAGAUCUACUGGAAGAGCAGGUGGCAGGGGCUGUUAGGGCUUGUGGUCAGAUCUGCUCUGAAGGGCCUGGGGAACAGGACUCUCGGGUCAGUGAGAUCCUCAGUGCCUUGGAGCGCAGGGUGCUGGACAGCGAGGGCCAGUUAAGGCUGGUGGGUUCAGGCUUACACAAAGCAGAAACGGCAGGGGAAGCCCAGCAGGCCAUGUUGGAGGGACUGCAAGGGAUCCUGGGCCGGCUUCAGGAGCGCAUGGACGCACAGGAAGAGACGGCAGCAGAACUCUCACUGCGCCUCAAUCUUACCGCAGCCCAGCUAAGCCAACUGGAGGGUCUGCUGCAAGCCCGUGGGGACGAGGGCUGUGGCGCCUGUGGUGGUGUCCAGGAGGAGCUAGGCCGCCUUCGGGAUGGUGUGGAACGUUGCUCCUGCCCACUGUUACCUCCACGGGGCCCUGGAGCUGGCCCAGGGGUUGGGGGCCCAAGCCGUGGGCCUCUGGAUGGUUUCAGUGUGUUUGGGGGCAGCUCGGGCUCAGCCCUCCAGGCCCUUCAAGGAGAACUCUCUGAGGUUAUUCUCACCUUCAGCUCCCUGAACGACUCACUGCACGAGCUCCAGACCACUGUGGAGGGCCAGGGCGCUGAUCUGGCUGACCUGGGGGCCACCAAGGACAGCAUCAUCUCUGAGAUCAACAGGCUACAGCAGGAGGCCACAGAGCACAUUACAGAGAGCGAGGAGCGUUUCCGAGGCCUGGAGGAAGGCCAGGCCCAGGCGGGCCAAUGCCCUAGCUUAGAGGGGCGACUAGGCCGCCUUGAGGGAGUUUGCGAACGACUGGACACUGUGGCAGGGGGACUACAAGGCCUCCGUGAAGGCCUUUCCAGACACGUGGCCGGGCUCUGGGCCGCAGUACGGGAAAGCAACAGUACAAGUCUGACACAGGCCGCACUGCUGGAGAAGCUGCUGGGGGGCCAGGCAGGCCUGGGCAGGCGGCUUGGUGCCCUCAACAGUUCCCUGCUGCUCCUAGAAGACCGUCUGCAGCAACUUAGCCUAAAGGACUUCACUGGACCUUCAGGCAAGGCUGGGCCCCCUGGGCCUCCUGGGCUACAAGGGCCUCCAGGCCCUGCAGGACCUCCAGGACCUCCUGGCAAAGAUGGACAAAGGGGGGCCAUUGGACCACCAGGUCCUCAAGGUGAACAGGGUAAGUCAUUGGACUCUGGAAGGGGAAGUGCGCUUGCGCCUGGAGGAGAAUGGUCCUCAGGCAGCCUGGGCAGCAGGGACGGGGACUGGGGUUUAUGAACAUCCAUCCUAACACACUAUGUCUGUUCAGGAGCGGACGGAGCACCAGCAGCCCCCGUGCCUAGGGUGGCAUUUUCAGCUGCCCUGAGUUUGCCUCGGUCAGAACCCGGCACAGUCCCCUUCGACAGAGUCUUGCUCAACGAUGGAGGCUACUAUGACCCAGAGACAGGUGUAUUCACUGCGCCACUGGCUGGGCGCUACUUGCUGAGCGCUGUACUUACAGGGCACCGGCACGAGAAAGUGGAGGCAGUACUGUCGCGCUCCAACCUGGGCGUAGCCCGCAUAGACUCGGGAGGCUAUGAACCCGAGGGACUGGAGAAUAAACCUGUGGCCGAAAGUCAGCCCAGCCCGGGCGCUCUGGGAGUCUUCAGCCUCAUCCUGCCACUGCAGGUCGGAGACACCGUCUGCAUCGACCUGGUCAUGGGGCAGCUGGCACACUCAGAGGAGCCGCUUACCAUCUUCAGCGGAGCCCUGCUUUACGAGGACACAGACCUUGAACAGGUGUAGACAGGGUGGGCCGGACCACCAAACUUAUCUACACCGGUCGCAGAGCCACCCGAGUGGCGGCUCCCCACCAAGGCUGGGGGCAAGUCGGGACCACGCCCACUGCGGUUCAGGCAUCCAGAUCGGCUACUCAGCGCGUUGUGACUGCGUGGUCUCUGGGACUUAGGCGUCUUUUCUUGACUUUUGGUCUCACUGCCAUCCCCAUCAGAGCCCUCUCCAGGGCCUAGGCUGCGGAAGAGGAACCGACCCUCCAGGGCUCUCCCCAGCCCACACCACCGUACUAAACUAUUCAGGAAUAAAGACACUUUUUUUCUACAAAACAUA